AUGGAAAGCUCCCACCACUAUCUUGGCAUGUUUCCCCCAGUCUAUUCCACAGCCCUUGCACCAUACCCACAACCUGUGAUACCAGCGAAACGAGAUGAUGACGACGUUCAAUUCGUAUCUUCCAAUCCCGUCAAGAAGAGAAGAAUCGAUGGCUAUCAGCCGGUCAUGCCACAUACCACCGCAGACUCACCGGCGCCGGCGGGGCGACCCACCCCCAUCAACCAUCAGCCAUCCGAGCCCGCCAAGCCCAUUUCUCAGCCCGAGAGACGGGGAAGCACGGGCAUGGUCGAUCACUCACCCACGGCCCGUUUGCCGGACGUGGACCCGAUGAGAGGAUGCUCCAUGCCGACGCCGGAGAGGGCCUGCCAUUCAGAGUCAUUCUGGACUGCACCGUAUACUGGACCGCAAUGCUCGCCACCAGUGUCACCCAAAUCACUCCCAGAACAUGUUUCGCCUUCAAUGCUUGGAAUUGACAAGAGUCACGAGUCUGCACCUGAGACCGAGAACCACGCUGAGACUGCGAAGGAGACAACCAAGGCUCCCACAGCUCCCGCAGCUCCCGCGCUAGCUGGUAUCACUGACCUGGGCAAGAUCAACUCUAUGCCCGCAUCAGGGGCAGAUGGCAAAACCAUGCUUCGUCAAGCAGCUGAACCUGUGCCAACACUGAACCAUCCUGGUACCGAAGCGGAAUCGAAGAAUGCUAUUCGCGAUCUCUUGGAUCAGCAGGUAGACGUUCAUAGUUCCAAGAUUAACGAACCCCCCUUCCCCUUCUCCUUCCAUACCCAUACUCACCAAAACACCGAUACACCAAACCCGUUCACUUCUGAUACUCACAACACCACGCAUGGUACGUCGGAUAACCAGGCCGGGGCCUGUGCAGAUCGCCCUACGUCUGGAGCAAAGGGGCCCUGCCGUCAGUGUGUGGAGGCGAGGUUGAGGCAACAGGCUGCCAGCAUGGCGGUCAACUCAGGCUUGCCAAACGGCACAAAUGCAGCUACUACGAGUCAGACUCCCCUUCCGCCGUCGUCUAUGCAGCAGCCUUGGACAAACCUCCUGGGCCUCAACCCGUACCACAACGCGAUGGCUGGAGCCAUGUACAACCCGCUGCUACAACAAUCUCUGAUGGCCGGACCAGCUGGUCACUUUGCCGUCCACCCGCAACAACCACAUCUCGGUGCUGGAAUUCCUGCCCCACAACCGACGGGACACAUGUUCCAUCUCGGACCUACUUCGCCGGUCCCUCAAACACAGGCGUACGUCACGCAACAGCCACCCGCCCAACCAGCCCAACCAGCGGUAGCUAUUACCUUGAAACCUCAGGCAAAUAGAGUUCCCGACACGCAACCGACGACCAAACACAUCAUUGUCGACAUCGCAGACACCUGCCUAAACAUGUUUCCAUUCCAGGAGGUGGCGAAGCGACACAACCAACCGGAACAGAAAAUCAGGGACAUUUUCUCCGCCGUCAUACAGGUUCCUCUGCUUCGUUGUCCCACAGACAAGAGAAGGGCCGGCAAGCUGGGUACGACGAGGGUCAAGGAAUUUACGCAGGCGAAGAAGGAAGUGCAAGCGCAGAAGGGAAACGCUAGUCAGCAGACGCGACAAGAUUCUCCGAAUCAGAUGCCGUAUAUGCCUUCGGCAUGGGAUGUUGCGCAAUUCAUGGGCCCGAGCGAUGUGCGGCUUGGGGCGUUACCAAAGUAUUCACCACCUUGGUGAUCAAAAGGAUGUUUGCUUAGAGGUCGUGUCGUUUAUGGGAGGGCAAUACUUGGUUUUUCAGCUCGCACUGAGGCUUAAGAAAGGGGCCAUUUAGGAGGCAUCUUGAAGUUUUGUAUCUAUACCCCCCAUUUGCAAUUGCAUUCAACCUUUCCAUGA